AAUCCGCAUCAAAACAUGGGUCCAGUAUUCUCACCCCUCAAGAAUAUCAACUUAUUAUUAUACGAAGUGGUUUGAUACUCAUAAUCUCGUCCAACAGUUUGGGAAUUAGGGUUUCCCAUUUUCACCACGUUUGACAUCGCAAAAGCUGCUGCUAUGGUGCAACUUGCUAAUCUAGACACUUGUAAACCAAUCAAGGCGAUUUCCAGAAGCAGAGGGGGUGUGGUAAGAACCCGUGAGAUUCAACUUGGAAAGAAACUGUACCGUAUUAAGAAGUUCCGUGACGGAACAACCACCCUUCAAUGGAGGUUCUUAAGGGGCUUGAAGGCAAAUAAUAAAAGUGAAGCUGUAGACCCUUCUACCAGCAAGCCAGAUGCCAUUUUCAAUGACCAACCACCCCAGGUGAAUCCCAAAACUGAUGAAAAGACAAAAUUUUACUAUCACGGAAUUGGAAAGCUAGAGUUUCUUCUUUUGAACUAUCGCCGAGGCCUUCGGUCUAUGCUCAAAUUUUUAGAGAAGCAGGUGAAACUCAAAACUUAUAAAAAUAUUGAAGUACGUGAGAUUGAAUUUGGAAAGCCACAUUUUCGUGUUGAGAACUUCGGCGAAGCAACCACCAUCGAGCGUAUCUUGAAGGUUAAAAAUGAUGUAUAGCUCUUGAACAUCAUGCCUUGGAUCCUGUCAAAAAUUUCCCCAUAAAAUCAAAUUUUACCCCAUAUUUGGUCUUUGUUUUGUUCAGUUAAUCUUUUGGACCUUUUGCGCUUAAGUUGAAAAACAUACGACAAUUGUAAUUAUACUACUAUAUUGCUUUGUUAAAAAAUAUACCCGUCUCAAAUUUUAACUGUUAUG